GUAGCAUGUGCAUUAGUACGCUUUUGAAAUCGGGACAAGUAAAAUGAGUGCAAAGCGAGUACUCACCUACGCAUGUCUGUCAAUACUUUGUUUAACCGUGGUGUUGUUAUUAGAAGUGGGCCUAGGUUUGUACUUAUAUAAAACCAUACAGAAAGAUUUCGAGGAGAUAUUUGUGAAGGAAUUACGAAAAGGUGUUUGUAAAGAAGAAUUUAAACAACUACUGGAGGACGGCAAUUCUCUCAAUAAAUACAUACGCGAUACAAUAAUUAAUUACACCCACAGUGAUUUGUGCAAGCAGUGCGAUCAACUGAAGUUAACAAGAAAUCGCAGGCAUACUGAAGGCCAUAAUCACGGAUCUUGGGGGCAUAAUCAUGGAUCAUGGGGGCAUAAUCAUGGAUCUUGGGGACAUCACCGCCAUCACCAUCACGAUGGAUUUCAUCAUAAUCACGAGCAAACUGAAACGCCUGGACUACUCGGACCACCCGGACCACCCGGACCGCCUGGACAACCUGGGUUUCAGGGCCAGAAAGGAGAACAAGGACCGUGGGGUCUUAACGGUAUUAAAGGAGAACAAGGAUUACAGGGACAAGUGGGGCAAAAGGGGGAAACUGGGGCUCGUGGACCCAGAGGUGAAAAUGGCGUAACGGGACUAGCAGGCGCACCCGGUUUGCCAGGGAAGGAAGGCCCCGCAGGGAAAGAUGGAAGAGACGGAAAUUUCGGCCAACCAGGACAGAAAGGUGAACAAGGAGUGUGGGGUCCUUCCGGUCCCAAAGGAGAGCCAGGAUUACAGGGACAAGUGGGGCAAAAGGGGGAAACUGGGCCUAGAGGUGAAAUUGGUGCAACGGGACUAGCAGGCGCACCUGGUUUGCCGGGGAGGGAAGGCCCUGCAGGAAAAGAUGGAAGAGACGGAAAUUCAGGCCAACCAGGACAGAAGGGUGAGAUAGGUGUGAUUGGCGUACCGGGUGAGCGAGGGGUAACCGGUCCUCCUGGAAAUAGUGGCAUUCCUGGCAUACCAGGAUUACCUGGUCCAGUAGGUCCGCCUGGCCAAGAGGGGGUGCAAGGUCCAAAAGGAGACAAGGGAGAAAAAGGUGAGCGAGAAACUCCAACCAUUAGAAUUGUUCCAAGAAUUUCAGGUUGCGAGCAGUUGAGUAUUGGUAAAUUGGAUUUCUUUCAAACUUUGAAUGAAACUUGGACUUCCAUUAUGAUUGAUUCCAAUCCACUCACUGAAAGUGAUGGUCAGAAAUUUUGGGGAACAAUGCGCGACAUACCUAAGUUAUUUGAGUUCAAUAGUUUGGAGUCUUUGGCUAAAAAUGAUCCAUCCGUGAUUUACGAUCUUACAAUCCCGUUUGAAGGAAACUCGCAUGUAGUUUACCAAGGAUCUUUCUUUUACAAUUCCAAAGACCGCAUGGAAGAAAUAAUAAAAUAUGACUUCAGUUCGCAGAAAACUGAAAGUCUUAUAGUACCAGGGAUCUCAAGUACAGAAAAGAAAAUGUACUUAUCCGGCUAUAGCAGGUUUGACUUUAGUGUUGAUGAGUAUGGACUGUGGAUAGUAUUCCCUAAUCCAGAAUCCGAUAGUACCUCAAUUAUCAAAAUCAAUACCGAAGAUAUGACAAUUGAACGUACAUGGGAUGUUGGUAUGAAAAAUGAGGAAUUUAUUGACAUGUUCGUUGCGUCAGGAAUAUUGUACACAAUGCACUACACACCAUCGCUUCAAGUUGAGAUUAAUCUCGCAAUAAACUUGUUUACUAGUACAGUUAAGACAGUAAAUAUAUUUGGAAUUCGUAACACUGGGGAAAUUACAAUGGCUACCUACGAUCACAGAGGAGAGAGGAUACUUCUUGUGGAACCUGGUAGAAUGCUAGUUUACUCUACCGUAUGUGACGAUAAUAUAUUAUCUACAAAGUUAGUUUUCCCAGAGUAAUUGACUAUGUUCGCAUGGGUGAGAUUCCUGUUAGCUACUAUCGCGUGUUAAUGGUCAUCACAAGUUGGAGUAAAUUCAUUUUCAGUAAAUAAAAUAAUAUUGUAUAUAUGGAUCGAGGCUAAAAUAAAGUUUACUGGAACGUCUA